GACGGGAAUAGAAAUAGUACCUAACAAGAACCCUAUCUUUGCAUUAACAAACGAUAAUUUUACAUCAAAAACAAGCCAUGCCACGAAUACCCAAUCGAACGAUACUGAAUGCAUAUCGACAAGGCCACCUUCUUCCUCUGCUACUUCAGGAAUGUCGAACACUUGGGUCCGCCAAAAAUGAGCUGCGCUGGCUCAAAGAUCGGGCAAUUCACAAGGCUCAAUUGAACUUGGCUAGAAGAGCAGUCACAUCUAAGCAUUGCUUUCAGGGCUGGCGAAGCUUGUUGAGAUCUAUGUGUCGGGCACGAUCUCGGGGCCUACCUCUUCAAUAUAUCCUUGGUGAUCAGCCUUUUGGGGACCUAGACAUCCGGUGCAAGAGAGGCGUUCUGAUACCAAGGCCUGAGACUGAAACGUUCACUUUCCAUGCCGCGAACUUGAUCUUGAAUGAUAUGAUCAACGAGAGACAUUUCCCGGUCGAGAAUCGUGCGACAUCCUUGCGUAUACUGGAUUUAUGUACAGGAACAGGCUGCAUAUCCCUGCUUCUACAUGCUCUUGUUGCUCCGCAUGUACAGAAAAUUUCCAUCAUCGGUAUUGAUAUUAGUGCAACGGCCAUUGAUCUAGCAAGGAAUAAUUUAAUGCACAAUGUUCGACGUGGAUACCUGUCAGAUCGCGCGCUCACGGAUAUCACUUUCAAACAAGGUGAUGUUCUUGACGCUGUAGGUGAUGUUUUUGGAUCAUCAAGUCACACAGGACCUCCCCCUGACGUGAUUAUAUCCAAUCCACCAUAUAUAUCUGAGGAGUCUUUUGGAAACGGGGCAACUACACGCAGUGUCCGGAUGUUCGAGCCCAGGAUUGCAUUAGUCCCUUCAAAAGAUCACCACGAUAUGUCAGAAUUACCACUGAAAGGGCAGGAAGAUAUCUUCUACUACCAUAUAUUAUCACGUUCGUUCAGGUUGAAAACGAGCCUUGUAAUACUUGAAUGUGGAGAUCAUUCACAAGGCGGGCGUGUCGCUGCGUUGUGCAAUGACUUGGCAGCUGAAUAUUUCCAGGUCGGCAAUCUACGUAUCAAUAUCUGGCCAGCAGUGGAUAAGGGCAUAGCGGAUCAUGGUUCUGAAGAAUAUACUGAGCCAUGUGUGGUGAUAGUGCAGCGGUAUAAUUGAGCUGAGGACAUUAUAAUCAUAGAUUAAUAUUAGGCCAAGUCUCUGGAACCACCAUAUAAUGAGUUGCCACCUCGGCUAUCUAGCAAC